AGUCUUCACACAAUGAGCUCUUACGAUUGCCUUGUUCUUCUACUUGUUCUGGCAUUAGCCACACUUCACCCAUAUUUGGUUGCAGCUGAUCAGGUGGGCUUGCCUCCGGAAUUCACAAGGUGGCAUGUCUACGUUGUUAACGGAUUGAGCAAUAACAGGACUUUGUUUCUCCAUUGCAAGUCUAAAGACGAUGAUCUAGGCAUCCAAAAUCUCUCUCCGGGUACAAGUUUCACCUGGAGCUUUCGACAAAAUUUUUUUGGGAGAACGCUUUCUUGGUGUUACAUGAGCAAAGACGGCAACGCCCACGCCGCGUUCAAGGUGUUCUGGCAGGAUGCGCUUCUUUUUCACAAGUGUUUAUGGAAGAAUUGCAUUUGGACUGCUAAGGAUGAUGGCAUAUACAUAAAAGAUCUUCCCAGAGAUUCUGAUGAGUAUCGUGGGCAAUGGCAACCAGGAUUACUCCAAGAUUGA